UCUUCAAAUUACUUCAUGUCCUCCAUAUUUACCCCAAAAAAAGUCAAAUAAAAUAAAUAUAUAAAUACUUAAUGUCUUCCAUAACACACACGUCAUGCCCCACCAUGCACAAUGGAAGGACACAGACCUUACAACAAUGGCAAAUCCGUAAUUAACUCUAAUAUCUACGGCAUGCUUCAUUACAGCAAUGGCAAAUCCGUAAUUAACUCUAAUAUCUAUGGCUUGCUUCAUUACCCGGACAUUUUUAUAUACGUGGUAUUAUUUACCUAUUAUGCUUACUUUCAUUUGUUUCACCGCCACCUUAAUUUGAAAGCCUCCAAAGCUACAAUCUCAAUAAUAAUGCAAGCCAGACCUUCCCAAAUUAUUCCAAUAAAAUUCCCUUCACCGGUGAGGUUGCCUCCGGUUAAUCGGACUCUUUUACCUGCCAUUAAAAAGCUUCGAGCCAUAUCCAUUUCCACACCCAAUGAAAACCAUGUUCCGGCCAUUCAUACCCCUGAAGUAGUUGAUGAUUCUGUGGCUGCUUUUUGGGACUACCAAUUUCUCUUCGUGUCACAGCGAUUGGAGACUACCGAGCCGGUCACCCUCCGAGUCGUCGACGGUGAGGUUCCGCUGGACUUUCCCUCCGGCACAUACUAUUUGACCGGACCUGGACUGUUCUCCGAUGACCACGGCUCUACGGUGCACCCGCUUGAUGGUCAUGGAUACCUCAGGGCUUUUAGUUUUGAUGGUGUGACGAAAGAUGUCAAGUUCAUGGCUAGGUACGUGAAGACCGAGGCUCAGGUGGAAGAGCACGACCCCACGACUGACACGUGGCGGUUUACUCACAGGGGACCGUUUUCGGUGUUGAAAGGAGGAAAGAAACUUGGGAACACCAAGGUGAUGAAAAAUGUAGCCAACACUAGCGUUUUGGUGUGGGGUGGAAAGCUCCUGUGUUUGUGGGAAGGUGGAGAUCCGUACGAGAUCGAAUCUGAGAGUUUGGAUACCGUUGGGAGAUUCAACAUCAUGGACGGUUGUGAUUUGGAGUCGGAAAGUGGUAAAAUUGCCAAAGAUGUAUUGGAUUUAGUUGCAGAACUUCUGAAGCCAGUUUUAUAUGGUGUGUUUCAGAUGCCUCCAAGGCGACUACUAUCUCAUUAUAAGCAGGACAGUCGCAGGGAUAGGCUUCUUACAGUUUCAUGCAGUGCAGAGGACAUGUUACUGCCAAGGAGCAACUUUGUAUUCUGUGAAUUUGAUUCGAACUUUAACUUGUUGCAAAAGCAAGAGUUUAACAUCCCAGAUCACUUAAUGAUCCACGACUGGGCUUUCACAGAUUCCUAUUACAUACUAUUUGCUAAUCGCAUCAAGCUUGAUGCUGUUGGUGCAGUGACGGCAGUAUGCGGGAUAACUCCAAUGAUAACGGCUUUAUCAGUGAAUCCAAACAAGGUUAAGUCUCCCAUUUAUUUGCUUCCUCGAUUCCCUAAUAAAUCAGGUGGGUAUGAUCGAGAUUGAAGAGUUCCUGUUGAAGCUCCUUCACAAUUGUGGCUUCUGCAUGUUGGCAACGCUUAUGAAAAGUUAGAUAAGGAUGGUAUUUUGGAGAUGCAAAUUCAUGCCUGCGCUUGCUCUUACCGGUGGUUCAAUUUCCAUAAACUAUUUGGAUAUGAUUGGCAAAGCGGUAAACUAGACCCUUCAAUAAUGAACAUAAAUGAAGGCCAAAACGAUUUGCCUCACCUUAUUCAGGUAUCUAUAAGCUUGGAUGCUAAUGGUACGUGCCAAAAAUGUCACGUGGAGCCUCUGAACCAAUGGAAUAGGUCCUCUGAUUUCCCUGUUAUUAACCCAGCAUUUUCAGGCAGCAAAAACACCUACAUAUAUGUUGCAGCUUCUUCUGGUUCUCGCCCUGCUUUGCCGCAUUUCCCAUUUGAUAUGGUAGCCAAGCUAAAUGUCUUAAACAAGUCGGUCCAAACCUGGUCUGUUGGUAGUCGUAGAUUUAUUGGAGAGCCUAUUUUUGUUUCCAAAGGGGUUGAAGAAGAUGAUGGUUACCUUCUGGUUGUUGAGUAUGCAGUUUCAGUGCAAAAAUGCUAUCUGGUCAUUUUGGAUCCUAAAAAGAUUGGAGAAGCCGAUGCACGGGUAGCAAGACUUGAAGUCCCUAAGCAUCUAAAUUUUCCUCUUGGUUUUCAUGGUUUCUGGGCUACUGUUCAAUAAUGUAUUCUAUGAAUCUUUGGAAUAAUCAAAUUACUUUAUAUAGAACAUAUAUUAAAUUAAUGCAUAACAACAUAUAUAUAUAUAUAAUUUUUAAUUUUAAAAUAAAAUUCAAAUUA